AUGAAAGAAAUCAUUGUAUUUAUCUAAUUCAUUGUCAUUGCAAUAAGCUAAAGCUAAAGUAAUGAUUAAAUUGAUUGCAAUAAAUAUUUGUCUAAAUUUGGAACUAAAGAAUCACCCCUUGCUUUUAGUGGAGAUGCAAUUUAUUUUUAAGAAUUUAAUGAAGUCUAAAUUAAUGUUAAAUAUACUGAUAUACUUUUUGAUGAUCCACUUUAUUUUGGUUUAGUUUAAGAAGAUGGAAAAUAACCAGAAACAACAUGUCUUAAACUUAAAGUGUUAUCCUUCACUGACACUCAUCACUAAUCUUCUAAAUAAUUAUCAGACUUAAAAAUUACCACAUCAAACAAUACAAUUAAUAAAUGGAGAUAGUAUUAAUUCAAAAUACCAGCUUCAGAAUUGUAAUCUAACAUAAUUGAUAAUAAUAUCAUUUAUAAUGGAUUCUAUUCAUUUAUUAUGGAAACCAAAAAUCAAGAAGCUAUUAAGCAUGAAUUUAACUUUGAUUUCACUCUUACUGUUAAUUUACCUUCUUAAAUACAAAUUGAUACUUCAUUCAAAUUUUAACUUAAGGAUUAAUUAACAAAUAUCAAUCCUCCCCAAUCCAAAUUAUUAUGGUGUAGUAACAUUACUUGCUAAUCUGUUUUAAAUGAAUCCCCAUUUAUUCGCUUAAAUGAUACAUUUGUUAUAAAAUAAGUGAUUAUCGAUAGUGGAAUUACUAAUUAAUAUCUGAACAAUACUCAAGUAUGGUAUAUUGGUUAUGGUUUGAAUAAAAAAGCAACACCAAUUUAAAUCAUUAAUACAACUCCAGGAUAAGUUAUACUUGAAUUAAAAGCAGAAAUUGUUUGGUAAAAAAUAAGUAUUAAUGUUACUUCUUCUUUAUCUGGAAGUCCUUCUAUCAAUAAUGUUGAAAAUAUUAUUGAAACUAGUUUUAAACCACUGGACUCUAGCCCAGAAUAUCCAUAUUAGAAUGAUUCUGUUAUAAGAUGGUGUUCUGAUAUAUCAUGUUAAACUUUUUUAGAUGAAAUUCCAAAUUUACACUUGAAUGAUUAGUUCAUUAUUUAACAAGCUGUUAUAAACAAAGAUUAUGAUGACUUUUUUAUAUCUGAUACCGAAGUCUGGUUAAUUGGCACAGGAUUGAAUAAGAAAGCCUAACCAAUUAGGGUUAUUAAUAAUGUUUAAAAAUAAGUUAUUAUUGAAUUAAAAGCUGAAGUUAUUUGGACAAAUUUAACAAUUAAAGUUACUUCUUAUAUAAAAGAUUCAUCUCAAUAAAUUUCAGGAGAAAUUAAUUAAAUACAAUGUAUAAAACCUGAAGGAUAGGAGACUUGUGGGACUUGUAAGGAAGAAUGUACCAUUAAUGGAUUUGCUAGAGAUGAAUGCGAAGAAUGCUAUAAUUAUUAAUUCACAGCAUUCUUAAAUAUGAUAUUAUUGUUUUUGUUAAAUAUUUGA